GCGGCCACAGAGCCAGCAGAAGGGGAAAGUGUGAGCGGAUUUCAGCGCUGACUUAGGAACCCUUUCGCGCUCCAGCCGUGCUCCAUGGUCUCCCACGGACUCCCUUCUCCUCCUUUCUCCACCUUUUUCCUUUAGCUCUUUUCUGUUUCUCUAGGCCAGAGCUGCCGACAAGUACAAGUGGGAUCCCAAGAAGUCGACACCGGUGAUCCAGCCGGCCCACACAGUUAGGAUGGGUUGUACAACGGGCCAUCUGGCUUGCCAGCCACAGCCCCAGACGAACUCGGGGCAGGAGGGUCAGGCCCUGGAGGUCGGCGGUGCCAAAGUCCCCGAGGUGCUCUCCUCUCUGGAGAGACUGUCGCAGGCCACUGGAGGCAUGGAGAAGUCCUGGUACCGCUGCAUCUUUCCCUUUGGAAUAAUUUCUUUGGUCAUCGGAGUUGCGGGAACCGGGGUGACCUACACUUACAACGACUUGCCACAGACUAAAGUGGUAUCUGUGGUCCUGCUCAUAAUGGGUCUUUUGCUGUUACUGAUGGCAACCGCGUGUUGGACUGUCCACAAGAAGAAGAGACGGAAAAAGAAAGAGGGUGGCUCGUUCACCUCUGAGCAAUGUCCCUUGUAAAGCGCGUGGGAGAGAGCAGUUUCAGGAACUUGAAAACAGAGACAUGCCUUGGACUGGGAGCUCAAGGUUCGGCUCAGAAAGCCUCAACUUCACCUCCUCCCAGCAACGAAUCCCUUUUAUUCUUAAUCAAGAGUUUGGCUCAGCUCACACCGGAGAUAACUCGGGUCAAGAAGUCAUUGAGAGUUGAAGGCCAGACGGACCGGGACGCGAAGACCCUGUUGAGUUUGGACCAGAAUUUUUUGGAUUGGCAAACGAGGGAUCACCGACGUCUCACGCUCUCUUUUAUCCGCGGACGGCAGGUGUCCAGUGUCAAAACAACCCCCGAGGAGACGCAAAGCAAAUAUGCAUUGCACACUUCAUGCAUAUUUGCACGCACGGAUAGGUCCUCGCUCUCCACCCCGAACAUAUGCACGAGCGUUUACAGUGGGAGCUCUCGCGCGGACACCCAAAACGCUAUGCAGAGCUGCUGCCGGAGUCAACGCUGGCGUCACUAGGCACGUCAGUCACAGCAUUCUUCUUACCAGGACAGGUGACUCUCCAAGAGGCCAGAAGUGGGCCAAAGACAGCAACCCGAUACCUACCCGAAAGAGCGGUGCACCCGCGUCAGCGCCCAACGUCAUUCGCUCGUCCUGUGACACUGCAGCAAUGUGUUGGGGGCUUUUUUUACGCAAUGGGAGAGUGGAACUUGAGUCCAGCAGGAUCUCACUGGUAUCUGCGCGGACGAUGAAGGGAAUACGAGGUGUUUGUGUGUGCUCGAAAGAAAAUAAAUAAAAAAAAAUCAGGUGACUUGAGAGACUUUUGGAACUUCGCCACCAAGGAACAAAAGAUUUGCACAUUUUGGGCAUGUCAGUGCCAAGCAAGAAACCCUUUUAGGGAAGCAGUUUAGUUCUAAAAGGCUUCUCGUCGCUUCAGUCUUCAUUGUAAAUGAGUGGAGACGCUGACUUUCUGACUGACAGCAUUUACACCCAGCCUUGUGUCUAUGUAGGGCACCACAGCUCCACACAGAGCAGGUCAGGUUUAUUGAAGGACACUGGCCCGAGAGGACAUGCCACUGCAGGGACACUUUGGCUGAUCCUGCUCCUUUACCGCCCCUCCCUUUCGGUGCCUUGAGCAAGCACUCAUGGAAAAAAGCUCUGCCACAUUCCCCCGUUUCCAUCUGAACAACCAAGCUGUACCCAACAUGACUCCCCCAAAAAAAUCCCUCCAUCCUUACUCAUUCUCCAUCCCCACUUUCUGACUUGAUCGCACGCAUUUCCCCAUUCGUCUGGGAGGUGUGCGCCCGGCCUUUUGACACACUUAUUCUGGCACGUCGUCCGCAGAUGUUCAUAUCUCUCUUUGCCAAAGAAAUUGUGUAAAAGAUGUUGACUAAAAGUGAGCAGCCAAUGCCUUUUUCUUUUCUUUUUCUUUUUUUUUUUUGGAGGGGUGCAAUCCUGCUCUCCAACGACUCAAGUUCAGGGUUUCCCCUUCCCCACACAUUUUCUUUCAGAGAGGGCGCAAGCGAAUGUAGCCGUGCUCGGCUCGGCGUCUGUGAAUAGGUGCUUUUCUUGUUGCAGUGUGGUCUCACAGGAUGGGACGCACAAUGAGCUUAUUAUUCUCGUCUUAAACAUUCUCCGUUUCGUGCACGCAACAGACGGUUCAAAAAGUCAAACCCGGGAAGGGAGUGAACGCAGAACGUACGUAAAGGACUCGCAGUAACAGCCCCCCCCCCCCCCACCCCCCACCCCACCCCUUUUACCCUUGAGAGCCAUUAUUGAUCACUCUUGCAUUGAUCCCGGCUACCAGCAAAGUGGCGCUCGCAGAAAGAAAACGUGUUUAGAAAUCCAGGGGGUAGCACUCGACACACACAAUGCCAAAGAACUUUUUAAAGGCCAGACUGCUCAUUACAUGGCUGUAUUAAACCUCCUCCUGUUUUUUUUUUGUUUUUUUUCCUCCUCAUAUUUUGCAAUUUAGAUGUUGUUUUGCCUACUGAUUGCCAUCCAGGCUGGAAGUGAAGGGAGAGGGGGGGAUUGGAGUUAAUGGUUGAAUGAAGAAGCAGACCCUGGGAAGGCAUUUUAUUUCGUAGCGGGGAGUAUCCCUGCAGUUAGAUUGUCAUCGGGCAAUGAACAGAACAGUAUUUUGCUUAAGGGGAACGAUCCGUUCAUGGAAAACGAACCUUUAUCUUCUGAGGCCUACAUCAGUCCUAAUUGAUUCCAAGUUAAGUAUUUAAGGGUGGGCUCACUUUGCUGUUUGCGUCCGAUCUUUUCAUGUGUCUUUGCCCUAACCUGAGCAAAAGCUAUAGGGCUUCGACAUAUCCUCAACAAGGGUUGUAUGAGAAGAAAUCCUGCCUUUUUUUUUUUUUUUUUGUAAUGUUGCUUCUGUGUAAGCUGCCUGCACACAGACGUGGAAGAGAAAAAAAAAAACAUAUUGUGACACAAAGAAAGGAAGAAAGAAAGGGUGAUGGAGAAUUUAAUUUGGGAGCUGGACAAACAAGUCGAGUCGCAUACUGUCAGUGCCGCUCUCGCGUGUAUAGUACACACUGACUAUGUAGUUACCUUUUCUUUGCAUAGUUGAAUUUUUAAGGUAAAUCGUGUCAGUAUGUGUGCUACCGCUAAAAAAAAAGAAAUAAUAAUAAUAAUAAUAAUAAAGGAAGGUGACCAGAUAUUGUAUGUUAGAGACGUGAUGUGAUUUCCCUUCUGCCUUCUGAACAAUUCAAGGGAAAGUCUACCUCUCUCUGCUGCGGGGAAAUAAAUCCCUCUCCCAGAAGACAGCCACGCUGUCCGCCUAUGCUGUUCGUCGCUCCACCGAGUGACGUAAAAAGAAAAAGAAGAAAAAAAAAACAACAAAAAAACAAACAAAAACGUGUUGGUUUGUGCGUCUCUCUAAUAUUUGAUAUUUGGUGCUGUACAUAUGACUUAUUUUUUAUUUCUACUGUAUAUUUCUACUUACGUGUAAAUUCUCAUUCUUUAUGUAUGUGCUGUUGUAUUAAAUAAAUGUCACGUGAACACCU